AUGCAAGUUCGAAUCUCUGAUAGAUUUUACGUACUUUCCGAAUUUGAGUCCCUCGCUUAUAACAUUGAAUUGACUGAAUGCUUAGGCUCUCUUCACCCUGGAGUUUUCCUUGUAAUAAUAUACAUUGUGAUAAUGAAGUAUUAUUUUUCAAUAAGCUUAGCGACCCCUAUUAAAGACCUCCAACAAACAUCAUGCUUCACAUCCAUGACGCUGCACUUAACACAAAAGUCGGUCAUACAUAUUUGUACAUGUAAUAUACCCGACAUAUUUUCUUUAGAUUGGAGGGUUGGGAACAUGCAAGUGAUCUAUAAUACUACCGCUUCUGUCAAACGGCAAUUCGAGGGUAGCUGUAGAUGCGUGAUGAGGCGAAUGGGCUGGCUAGCAGGCUGA